AUGAUACCCCUCACACUACAAAACGGGCAGUUUUCACCGGACAAGCACCUGACACCUCCACCCGCCACCACUAGACGCCUCUGUGACGAAAGGCCACUGUCACACCCCCCCGGACGGCGGGGGUUAUCCCCUUCCGCCAGCCCAAGGAGACCACUCACCUCUGGGACAUCUUUCAGCACACCUCCGACCAGAGGAUCACACUUGGCCCAGCCAAGAUGGCUGACUGGGAAGCUGACAACGCAAAGCUACAGACCGCUGAUGAGUGGGCAGCAGCCAUCGAAGCUAAAUUCGAUGCGAUCUGCCAGAAAUUCUGGGAGCGACUAG